UAAGAACACUUUCCUACAAAUUUUGGAGAGUCGCGAUUAUCUGUCUCUACCUAGUAAUCAGCCUUCAGUCUCAUGAACAGGGUAGUUUCUGUGGCUAGAAAUUCUGCGCCGGGCUUAGGCUUCGCAAUUCCUUUUCGCGUCCAAUUUUCGAGGUGCUCGAAAACCUUUCAAUUUUUACCAAACACCAACGCUUCUCGUAGACUUACAGUCGCAAACUCUUAUUUACGAGACUUCACUACGUCUACGCCUCACUCAUCUGAUCACCAGUCAUACCUAGAUCCCGAACAGCCCAAAAUGACGACAACCGCUACCACCCUUAAGGGACAACCCCUUGAUCGUCCCUCCCUAGACUCCAUGCUUCGAAGACGAAUGUUCUAUACCCCCUCCUUUGAGAUAUACGGCGGUGUUGCUGGUCUUUAUGAUUACGGCCCACCUGGUUGCAGUCUCCAAGCGAAUAUUAUCGAUGUGUGGCGCAAACAUUUCGUGCUAGAAGAAGACAUGCUAGAAGUUGACUGUUCGGUUCUGACUCCCCACGAAGUUUUGAAGACGAGUGGCCACGUGGACAAAUUUGCCGACUGGAUGUGCAAAGACCCGAAGAACGGCGAGAUUAUUCGAGCGGACCAUUUCGUCGAGGAGAUACUUGAGAGUCGCUUGAAGGGCGACAAGGAGGCACGCGGCCAGAAGGUCGAGGAGAAGGAAGAGGAUCCUAAGAAAAAGAAGCGAAAGGCCAAGGGUGUACAGGAAGCUAUUAAGCUCGACGAUGCCGUUGUAAAGGAGUACGAAGAAGUUUUGGCCAGGAUUGACAAUUACAAUGGCGAAGAGCUUGGAGAGUUAAUCAAGAAAUAUGACCUCAAGAACCCAACAUCUGGCGUACAACCAUCACCUCCUGUUGCCUUCAACCUAAUGUUCCAAACGGCAAUCGGUCCUAGCAGCAAUCUUCCCGGUUAUCUACGACCAGAGACCGCACAGGGCCAAUUCUUGAACUUCUCGAAGCUGCUGGAGUUCAACCAGGGUCAGAUGCCAUUUGCUUCAGCAUCUAUCGGACGGUCCUACAGAAACGAGAUCUCUCCUCGUGCCGGUCUGCUCCGAGUGCGUGAGUUCCUGAUGGCUGAGAUCGAACAUUUCGUGGAUCCCCAGGGCGGAAAGAAGCACCCACGAUUCGAGGAGAUCAAGGAUGUCGAGCUAGUGCUUCUGAACCGGGAAACUCAGCUUGCUGGUCAAACGAAGGUUGAGAAGGUAACCAUUGGUCAAGCAGUGGCUAAUAAGACAGUUGAUAACGAGACACUAGGUUACUUCCUAGCUCGUAUCCAUCUCUUCCUCAAGAAGAUUGGCGUUGACCAAUCUAAGAUCCGCUUUAGACAGCAUAUGGCGAACGAGAUGGCUCACUAUGCUGCCGACUGCUGGGACGCCGAGCUUCUCACCUCUUACGGCUGGGUUGAAUGUGUUGGUUGCGCAGACCGUAGCGCUUACGAUCUGAGUGUUCACGCCAAAAAGACCGGCGCGCCUCUCAUUGUUCGUCAACAACUAGCUGAACCUCUAGUUGUCACUGAAUGGGAGAUCGAUUUGAAUAAGAAGAAGUUCGGCCCACAUUUCAAGAAAGAUGGCAAAACUGUCGAGGCUGCUGUUCUAGCAACCACUCAAGACCAGCGCGAGGCUUUAGCAAAGGAUCUGAACGAAAAGGAUAGCAUCACUCUCGAAGUUGCUGGUGUUGGUGAUGGAAAGGUUGAGAUUCCUAAAGACCUUAUUGUCAUCGAGCGACGUACGAGAUCUGAGCACGUUAGAGAAUACACGCCUAACGUUAUUGAACCAUCAUUCGGUAUUGGAAGAAUACUAUACGCUCUCAUGGAGCACAACUUCUGGACACGUGCUAGCGAGGGUGGUGACGAAGCUCGUGGCGUCCUCUCAUUCCCACCGACAGUAGCCCCUACCAAGGUGCUUAUCGUCCCUCUCUCGUCCAACGAGAAAUUCAAACCGCUUUGCUACAAGCUCUCUCAGAAGCUCAGGAAAAUCGGCAUCUCUAACAGGAUCGAUGACUCGUCUGCAACAAUUGGAAAGAGAUACAGCCGAAAUGAUGAACUGGGUACGCCACUUGGCAUUACGGUUGAUUUCCAGACUAUUCAAGACAGCACUAUCACACUGCGAGAUCGAGAUUCAACCAAGCAAGUCCGUGCGGACGAAGACAAGAUCAUUGCUGCAAUCCAGUCGGUAGUGGACGGAUACAAGCAGUGGAAAGAUGUCGAAGCCGAGCUGCCGGCAUUUGAAGGACAGGAGGUUGAGGUCGCUGUUCGUUGAUCCCGGGCAUAAUGCGUCAAUUACUUCAUAACGUCAAGCAUCGGAGGGGCAAAACAGCCCGGAGGCCUCAGUGACAGACUAGGGGCAAGAGGUCCGAUAGACAGAUUUAUAUAGAUCUGAUUAAAAGCUUGUCCAUCUGUUGGCUCCCGUUUUCAUAUGCGGUUUCACGUGUAGAUCUUGACCACGUGCGAUUGUUCGACCGCCGAGGCGGUUGAGUGAAAGGUCUUCCAAAGCCGGUACUAAUCUGUGCGAACUAUAUUAGUUACUCUAGAAGGAUAUUGAUGCCUUCAUUAAUUAGUAAUAUUCCUACCUAACAACUUCGUAUUUGCUAGCUCAUAUCAACAUUCUUGAACAAUGGUCUGG